AUGUCUGUGCCGUAUACUGUGAUUGCGAAAUACCCGUACACCCCGUCGGCCGAGAACGCCUCAGACGACCUCGCGUUCAGUGCCGGCCAGCUCAUAACCGUCACCGAGGAGGUCGACGCCGAUUGGCUGUUUGGAACCAGCAAGACAGGUGGCGAGCUGGUGUCGGGGUACUUCCCCAGGAACUUCGUCGAGAGGCAGGCUGAGGACGAGCCAGAGUCGGUCGGGACGGCAGACACCGUGCCGGAUGCCCGUGCCGAGACACAAUCGCCAGCGGAACGUCAGGUGGAGCCUCCGGUGGAACCCCCCGUCGCACAGCCUUCAGUGUCCGAUCCGGUGCCCCAGUCUGUCGCCCAAGCCACUCCUGAUCCUUUGUCGCUGAGAAGCGAGACAGCAGAGCCCGUUCAGUCAGCACAGCCCCAGUCGACCAUCGAGCACGGCACGUCCGACUUCAAACACAAGCUGCAGAGCUUCAACAUCAGCUCUGCUCCUCCGAUGCCGGGGCAGGCCGUUGCCGAUCCCAACUUUGCGAAAAAACCGUUUGUUGCCGCUAGUCCGCACUCCACGUACGUUUCUCCAGUUGAGAGGCGGGAGAGCAGGAGCGACGAGCGGCGUGUUUCGUCAGGCUCGGCCACUGUGCCGCUUCCAGCGCAGCCGGCGGCCGACGAGCCUGCAAACGCAGAGGAGGACGCUCCGCGCAUGACCUUGAAGGAGCGGCUGCGGCUGCUGGAGGAGAGACAGAGAGAGGAACAGGCUGCUGCCGAGGCGCUGAUGAAGCGCAGGGAGGAGAAGAAGAAGAAGAAGGAAAUGCAGAGGGAGGAGGAGCCGGCUGAGGAGAACGAGGAGACAGAAGAGGAAGAGCAGCAUGAGGAGACCGAACAGGAGAGGCAGGCACAAGACGAGGAGGACGAGGAGGACGAGGAGGAGGUGAAAAGACGCCAGCUUCGUGAGCGAAUGGCCAAGCUUUCUGGCGGAAUGGGCAUGAUUGGAAUGAUGGGGUUCGGUGCUCCUAUGCCGGCCAAGGAAAAGAAAGUCAAGGAGUCCAAGCAGAGCGACGGCGAGGCUGCUACUCCUGUUCAGGGCCCGGUCCCUGUCCUGCCUAUUAAGCCAGAACCGCAAGAGGCGGCGACUGCCGCCCCAGAAAGCGCUGGCGACGAGUCCGAGGAGUCUGGCGACCACGAGUCUGUCGACCUCACGAAACAGCCAGACGUCGGCGACGAGGAGGACCUGCCUACCGAGCUCGAGGAGCCGAAACAGCUCCCGUCCGCGGCCGACCCAGUGCGGUCGCCUCCGCCGCCAAUUCCGACCUCGCCAGCCGUGCCUCAGCCGCCUACCGUCACGACGUUGCCGGCCUCCUUCUACGCGGCAGAGCCUGCACAGCCACCACAGCCACAGGACCUCGAGUCGGAGUCUGACGACGAGUACAAGUCGGCCUCGUCGGCGUCGCCAACGCUUCCCGUCUCGUCACCUGUGGCCACUGUUCCGCCUAUACCUGCUGUUCCUCCAUCGCCGCCGGCGCCGGCCGUUGCAGACGCUCCCAGAGCUCCGACCUCGACUGCCCCCCCUCUGCCACCAGUGCCAGCUGUGCCUCCUGUUCCACCUCCAAUGUCGGACUCCAGUGAAGAGGUUGUGACCGGAUACGAGGCCGACGACGAUACAGACAUUGCACAGGCCGACAAGCCGGUCGACUCGCCGGUGAGACCGGCCCACGCCGUUGCUCCUCCUCCGCCAAUCACCAAGGCCCCUACCGCGCCCCUGCCCCCAAAGACGACCCCUGCCGUUCCAGCUGCGCGUCCGCCACCGCCAAUUCCUACCUCGCCACUGACACAGACAGUUCCACGCGCAUUUACGUCGUCGUCCGUCCAGCCAAACGAGCGCAAAGUGUCUGGUAGCAGGACGUCUGCGUCUCACGCACCGCCACCUCCGCCGCCAGUCGCGGCUCAGGUGCAGACAGACAACACGGGCUCGACCGCGCACUCGGGCUACCGGUCGAGUAUGGAGAUCAGCGACUACGGCUCCUCGUCCAAGUGGUGGCUGACUAAGAGUCUCCCGGCAGAACUUUCUGCCAAAGAUGUUUAUUACGAGGUGGACAGUCACGAAAUCAAAAAGAGAAACGGCAAGACAGUCGUCUACCUGGACUAUUACGUUGUCAACCAGGACUACUCGACAAAGAUAUGGGAGCUGUCGUACGACGCUGCCAACCCAGACAAACUGGCCACCUUUGUCGAGACUGUGAGAGAAAAACCGGCAACCAACACCUCCUACCUUCUUGAAGCGUCGAGAAAAUACGGUGCAGUGGCGUUCCAGCUCUCGUCGUCGGUCGUUGGUAGUUCUAAAGUCCAGGAAGAUUUGGUUUCAUGGGUGUUCAAACAACUGCCCCACGACGUGAUGCCUGCUGUUGGAUCCAAAACGUUUGGUGCCACCAUCUACAGGAACACAAACAACGUCGAGAUCAACCAGCUCGACGAGAUCCGUCCGGGCGACGUGCUAGUCGUUUUGAAAGGACGGUUCGAGGGCCACUCUUCGGGACCAUUCCACAAAAACAAGACUGCCGAGCUGGGCUUCAACGGUAGACCGUACGCGGCGAUCGUGGCCGGUUUCGACCCUUCCAAGAGCAAGAUCAAGGUGAUUGAGCAGUCUACCAAGGGCGUGCAAUCGGGCUCGUACAAAUUGGGAGACUUCAAGUCCGGCAAGAUAAGAAUUUUCAGAAUCGUGGGCAGAAAGUAUUUUGGAUGGUAG